CCUCUGUCCCGCCAGCACACCGACACUCGAUCGGUCAAUCGAUUCAUCCGUUUCCAGGCCGAUAUCACCAUGGACAGCCGCCGAGCAGGGCGUUCGUCCAACUCCCGGAAGCCGCUAUCGGCGCUCAAGGAGCUCCGCGACGCCAAGGCCGGCAUCCGCCGGACGGAGCAGUACAGCAGCACUGUGAGCCAACAAGACACCCAAAUCUACGAUAUGGUGGAAGAGGAGGAGUUCACCGAAAAGUACCGCUUGGGCCUUGUCGAUGAUGACUUUGUCGUCGACGACGACGGCCGUGGCUACGUUGACGACGGACGAGACCACUGGGAGAACUCGAGCGAGGGAGAUCCCGAGGACGAUGAAGACGGUGAAGAGAAGGCUGACGAAGAUCGCAAGAAACGAAAGCAUACCCGGAAGGAAAAGUCCGCGCCGAUCGUUCAAAUGCUUGCCAAAAUGGGCCAAGCUGCUGCCCCAAAGCCCAGAGCCCAGGACCCACACAAGCAAGAAAAAGACGCAGACUUCCUUUCCUCCCUCCUGGGAGACCUCGACAACGAGGUGCUUGAGUAUCCGCAGAAGCGCUUCAAAGCAGAGCCCUCUGCAUCGGCUCUCGCUGUCACUCCUGUGAUCCCGGACUGCUACGUCUCCACCAAGUCAGCGUACACAUCCGCGAGUUCGUCAAAGCUGGGCCGCUCGCACACAUUGGCAUCGCCAUUGGUUAAUGUCAAGAAGGAGAGCUUUGCUCCAAGCUUGGACGAUUCCAGCGCAUUCGAUUCGUAUGACAAUGACUCCAUGGAGAUUGAUGUCAAGGCCGAGUCCUUUGAUGAUAUUGCCGACGACGCUUUGGCCGCCGCCUCCGCAGCCGCUUUCGACCUCAAUCCCUCCAGCACCGUCAAAUCUGAGCCUGAGCCCGAGCCCGAACCCGAGCUCGAGCCCGAGUCCAACUCCGAACAAAUGAUUGUCAAGCCUGUCGCCCACGUCAAAGUCCAGGCUCUUGAGACCAAAACGGCCACCAAGCUCAACAUCAUCCCAAAGUUCGAAAAGCCGACUCCGACCGUGUCGGUGCCAACGUCCCCCACGCUUUCAUCUUCUCCAGCCGCACCCAAAAAGCCCAGAAACCCUGAUCUUACUGCCUGGCAGGAUGUCAAAACGGCCAUGGAGGCCACGAUGAGCCUGCCCAUGGGACAAAUCGGCUCAACGGCCUCCAAGGUUGAUAUCCUUGAGCCCUCGGGCACCGUGCGAAUGUAUUGGUUUGAUGCCUACGAGAAAAACGGACAGGUUUACCUCUUCGGCAAGGCCCUCAACAAAAAGGACGGAAGAUACAUCAGCUGCACUCUCAUCGUCAAGAAUAUGCAACGCAACGUGUUUAUUCUGCCACGAAAAUACUUCCAUCAAAAUGGAAAGGACACCGACGUUGAGGUCGAGUUUGGCGACGUGUAUAACGAAGUCGAUGAGAUGCGAAAAAGCCUCAAGAUUGCCGAGUUCCGCGCCGCUGGCGUGUCUCGAAAGUACGCUUUCGAGGUCCCUGGAAUCCCUGCCGAGGCUGACUACAUGAAAGUGGUCUAUCCUUACUCAGCACCGGCAUUCACCUUCAAGUCAGGCGAGUCAUUCAGCCACGUCUUUGGUUCCAACACCAACCCCCUAGAGCUCUUUAUCCUGAAGCGAAAGUUGAUGGGCCCCUGCUGGAUCGAAAUCACAAACCCGCAAAUAUCCACUCCAACGGUCUCGUGGUCCAAGGUGGAAGUCACGGUCGAGGACCAGAAACACGUCGCCGUUAUGCGAGAGGGCGAGGGCGAAGACAAGGCCCCGCGCGAGAUCCCGCCUCUGGUAGUCAUGAGCAUGAGCCUGCGCACCGUAAUGAAUCACCAAAAGCAUGCCAAUGAAAUCGUGGCCCUGAGCUGUCUUGUCUAUAAUGAAGUGAACAUCGAGGAUGCUUCAGGGACCAAGCCCCAGGCCACCAGCUUCACAGCCAUUCGUCAGCUCAACAACAUGCCAUUCCCACUGGGAUUCGGAGAUCUAAUCAAGAAGCAACACUGUCGCAUCGAAUGCAUGCCCAACGAAUCGGCCAUUCUGAACUUUUUACUGGCCAUGAUCCACCGCACCGAUCCCGACGUCAUUGUCGGGCACAACUUUGUCGGUUUCGAUCUUGAUGUUCUGCUGCACCGCAUGAAGGCUCUCAAGACUGCCCACUGGUCCAAGAUUGGUCGUUUGCGCCGGACGGUGUGGCCCAAGCUUCAGGCUGGUGCUGGUGGAACCGGCGACACAUCGUAUGCCGAGCGCGAGGUGUGCAGUGGCCGUCUCAUGUGCGAUACCUACUUGGCUGCCAAGGAUCUGAUCCGGUCCAAAAGCUACGGCUUGACACAGCUGUCGCUCUCCCAGCUCAAGGUCGAUCGAGACGACAUUGACUUUGACCAGAUCCCGUCGUACUUUACCCAAGCCGACAAACUGAUGGGCAUGAUACAACACUGCAGAGUCGACAGCUAUCUGACGGCCGAGUUGAUGUUCAAGCUCCAGAUUCUCCCGCUCACCAAGCAGCUGACCAGUCUGGCCGGGAACUUAUGGGGCAGAACCAUGAUGGGCGCACGCGCCGAGCGCAACGAGUACCUCCUCCUCCACGAAUUCCGCAACAAAAAGUACAUUGUCCCCGACAAAGAGUUCAAGUCAACCAAGGUUGUUUUCGAUCAGCUCAAUGAAGGCGCUGACGACGAUGCAAAUGAUGAGGGAUACACACAAAGUAGCAAAAAAGGACCAAGUCGACGCAAGCCGGCAUACGCUGGUGGCCUGGUCCUGGAGCCCAAGAAGGGACUCUACGACAAAUUCGUGCUUCUCCUCGACUUCAACAGUCUGUAUCCUUCCAUCAUCCAAGAGUACAACAUUUGCUUCACAACUGUCCAGCGCACGUACUCUUCUGAGAUUGAUCAACUUCCCGAGGUACCCGAUCCCGAGCUCGAGAGAGGUGUGCUGCCCGAGCUGAUUGCCAACCUUGUCAAUCGGCGCCGAAGCGUCAAGCAGUCGAUGAAGGAUUCGAGGCUGUCGCCCAUCCAGCAUGCCCAGCUGGAUAUCAAGCAGAAAGCCCUAAAGCUCACGGCCAACAGUAUGUACGGCUGUCUGGGCUUCUCGCACUCCCGCUUCUUUGCCAAGCCGCUCGCGAUGCUGAUUACGGCAAAGGGCCGUGAGAUCCUCCAAAACACCGUCGAUCUCGCCACGCAGGAGAAGCUGGAUGUCAUCUACGGCGACACAGACUCGGUCAUGAUCAACACGCACACGGACGACCUCACUCAGGUCAAGAAGAUCGGCUACGACUUCCAGCGAAUGGUCAACAAACGAUACCGCUUGCUCGAGAUCGAGAUGGAUGGCUUUUUCCGACGCAUGCUGCUGCUCAAGAAGAAGAAAUAUGCGGCCCUCACGGUGACCGAGAAAGACGGUGCCAUCUUCACCACUCUCGAAACCAAGGGCUUGGACUUGGUCCGUCGCGACUGGUGUGGACUCAGCCACGACGCUUCCAGCUACGUCUUGGAUCAGAUCUUCUCUGGUGAAGGCAAGGAAGAAGCUGUCGAGAACAUCCAUCGCUUCUUGCGCGAGCUUGGCGAAAACGUCCGCCAGGGCAAAAUCGAGCGCGCAAAGUUCAUUAUCAACAAGUCGCUCACCAAAAACCCAGACGACUAUACCGAUGCCAAGAUCCAGCCGCAUGUCCAAGUCGCCAAACGCAUGCAGCAGAAGGGCAUGAGUGCCCGUGUUGGCGACACCAUUCCGUAUAUCAUUUGUGUCACCAGCGAAGCGUCUGGAGGCAUCGCCUCAAAAGCCAGACACCCCGAUGAAAUCGAGAAGGAUCCUGUUGAAAAUGUCAUUGACUACGAGUGGUACCUCAGCAAUCAGAUCCACCCGCCUAUCGCGCGUCUGUGCCAGCCCAUCGAAGAAACAGACAUUCGCCGCCUUGCCGACUGUUUGGGUCUGGAUGCCAAAAAGUACAACAACGUUUCUCUCACUGGAAACUCAAACGAGGCUGAUUCCCUUCAUACGUUUGAGUCUCAGAUCACCGACGCGGAGCGAUUCAAGAAUGUCGAGAAGUGGUCGCCACGAUGUCGCAGCUGCGGUGAAUGCAACCCGUGGGAAGGCGUCGUCCGUACAGUGCACACCCAAGCCGAGGAUCCGUCAGGCGACAGCGUCAAGUACACGAGCCCGCUUGUGUGUCCAAACGCCUCCUGUGGCAAGGCACUCGAGAUUCCAUCGCUGGUGACGCAGCUGACGAUCCAGAUUCGCAAGCAUAUCUCGAACUACCAGAGGGGCUGGCUCAUCUGCGACGAUGCUGCUUGUCGCACCAAGACGAAGCAAAUCUCGGUGUAUGGAAGCCGAUGCCUCAUGCCAGGAUGCCGCGGUACCGUGGCAUUCGAGUACACGGAUGCUGCCCUGUAUACCCAGCUCCUCUACCUCGAGACGCUGUUCGAUGUGCAGAGGUUUCUCCGUCAGAUCGAGGAGUCCAAGGACGGUCGGAGUGAGCUGCUCAAGAGCGAGGCAUACAAAGUUGGCGACGCACUCGUGCCUCUCCAUGCGGUAGUGCUGUCCUAUUUGGAAAAGAAUGGUCGCCGAUACGUCGAUCUUGGCCAGUUGUUCAGCUUCUGCAUCGCCAUUGAUCGAUAGUGCUCGAUUGGGUAUCUCUUGGUUCGAAUACAAGGUGCUCCCGUCACAUUCGUGCACUGUGGAUGGGUGGUGGCCGUGUGAACUGUAUUCGCUCACGGAUAGACCAGUACAAACCAACCAUACUCUGGCGACAGGGCUGUCGCUUGUUUCUGGGACUUGAAUACACCCCGUUUGUGGACUGGACGAGAGACA